AUGGUCCUCGUCGCGGGUAAACGCAUUAAGAUCGUGAAGAAGAGGACACGCAAGUUUACCCGUCAUGAGUCUGAUCGCUACAUGCGCAUCCGACCAAACUGGCGCAGGCCCCAUGGUAUCGACAACCGAAUGCGUCGUCGCUUCAAGGGAACCCGUGACAUGCCGACGAUCGGUUACGGAAACAACAAGCUGACCAAGCACGUCCUUCCCACCGGCUUCAUCAAGGUCCUCGUUCACAACUCGAGGGAACUCGACAUGCUGCUGAUGCAGAAUCACAAGUACGCGGGAGAGAUCGCCCACGCCGUCGGCGCCAAGAAGAGAAAAGAAAUCGUUGAGCGGGCAAAGCAGUUGAACAUCAGAUUGACGAAUGGUCAUGCCCGCAUCCGGACCGAGGAGAACGAG